AUUCGAUGCAAAUGGAAUGGCUACCCUUUUUGAAUUCAAUUUUAGCGCCCAAAGACUUCAAUCUCUUUCUCUCUCUCUCUCCAAAAUCAAAUCCUUUCAUUCAAAAAUUGAAUCCAGAAUCCAAACCCAUUUCACUUUCCUCUCUUCUUUAAUUCCCUCCUUCUUCCACUUUGAAAUCGAUUCACUUCCAUUACUCAUCUCAUCUUUCUCAAUAUGGGUUGUGCUUCUUCUCAUCUUCUCAAUCACGACGAUGAUUUCCCCCAACUUGGUUCCUCUGCUCUCACUCAUCACUUCGUUUCCCUCACUUCCACCACUUAUGGCCUUCUUAACCUCGACCCGCCUUCCGCCGCUGCUCCACCUCCCCUCCCCAUCCCUGCCAAGUCCCUUCGCUCCGAUCCCGAGGUUAUCAAUUCUUGGGAGCUCAUGGAUGGCCUUGAUGCUGAUAGCUUUCGAUUCUCUCUUCUCUCUCAAUCUAAACAAUUCGCUCUCAAGAAUGAUAUUGAUUCAAAUAAGGAGAAUUCCAACCCCAAUUUCCCCACCCAGAUCGUCGAAUCAUCUGUUCUCCGACCGUCGUCUCGACCUGCUGCUGCUGCGGCUGCCGCUCCCAUCGCGAUUCCCUCUCCGGUUAAACAUUUGCUUGACAGGUAUGAGACACUCUGCCCACCAAGCGGGGAGAAUCGGGUGGUGGUGUACACAACAACGUUACGAGGGAUAAGAAAGACAUUCGAGGAGUGCAACGCAGUGAGAGCAGCGAUCGAAGGCGCCGGAGUGCAAAUCUGCGAGCGAGACGUGUCAAUGGAUCGUGGGUUCAGAGAAGAGUUGAAGGAAUUGAUGAAAGGGAGAGGGCAAGAAGCGAUGGUACCUCCAAGAGUUUUCAUAAGAGGGAAGUACAUUGGGGAUGGAGAAAAGGUAUUGAAAAUGGUAGAAGAAGGAGUUUUAGGGGAAUUACUUGAAGGGUUACCAAAAAUCAAAGCUGGGUCUGUUUGUGAAGGUUGUGGGAAUGCAAGAUUUUUACCAUGUUUUCAAUGCAAUGGGAGCUGUAAAAUUGUAAUGGGAGUGAAAAAAGAAGGGCAUCAUAGACAUGGCAGCAAAGGUAUUGUUGUCAAAUGCCCUGAUUGUAAUGAGAAUGGCCUUGUUCUUUGCCCCAUUUGCAGCUAAUGGGUUUCACAUAAGUUCCAUACGUUUUCAUUAUGUUAUAGAGAAUGUUGAAAGGAUUGUGCUGACCCUUAUUGUAGUUUUACAAUAAAGUUUAAAAGGUCAGUUCUUGGCUGAUUUGUAAUCAAAGAAAUUGGUUCUGUACUAUUUUUGGUUCCAUCUCUCUGUCUGUCUAAUAGCUCAAAGCUUUUGUACUUUGCUGUGAUGAACUUUGCUAAGAAUUCACUUGAAAGAAUAUUUAUGUAGAGAUGUGGAAAAUAUACGGUAAGAGAUUGUUAUCA